AUGCCUCUUCUUGAUUUACUAAAGAAAAAGGAUAGAACCGCAGGAAAUGAUGCGCAUUCUCCACGCGCCGAUCCAGAAGCUGGUCCAGUUUUCACAUUCAUGAGAAGUGAUACAAAUACACAAGAAGUAAUAUCACCACCAAAUGUCUCUUCUUCGGAAUCAUCCCUGCAACCCUCGGUGUCAGUGAACAAACCGAAUAAUGAAUUGCGAACUAGUCGAUUGUUUGGAGGACGGCCCAGGAGCAACUCGCGCGAAUCGGGAAACUCGGGCACAUCUGGCGCAUCGAUUUCUUCACAUGUUAGUGAUAGAUCUACGUUGAAAUCAGCGCACAAUAGUAAAAGAAUAUCAGAACGUUUUGGUUUGCGCAAGCAUGAGGUAGGAUCGUCGCAUGUUCCCAGUGAUUUACCGGAGAUUACAGUGGAAGAGGCCGCGAUAGGUGAUAGAGAUGCGGAAUUACAAUGGGAGAAGAGAGCUACAAUAUUGGCACAGCAGAAUGAGAGCAGAAAUGUGGACGAUGAUCUCCAGGAAGCUAUUCGACUUCAUGAGGAAGGGCACUUAGAAGAAGCAACAAAGCUAUUUGAAAUAUUGGCAGACCCUCAUGGUGCCAAUAAUGCUCUUUCUCAGGUCUUAUAUGGUCUUGCUCUCAGACAUGGCUGGGGAUGUCAAGCCAGUCCAGUCGAAGCCGUCACGUACCUUUCGGCAGCAGCAUCAAAUGCAGCAGCAAUCGAGGAGCUUGCGCUGCAAUCCGGAAAAAUGAAAGGGGGAGCUGCCAAGGGGGAGCUUGUCAUUGCGAUUUAUGAGCUAGCAAAUUGCUUCAGAAAUGGCUGGGGGGUCAAAAAAGAUCCAACAGCAGCUCAGAAAUACUACCAAACUGCUGCAGAACUUGGAGAUACAGAUAGUAUGAAUGAGGUUGCACGAUGCUACUUAGAAGGAUUUGAUGAGGCUGAUGGUUCUUUCUGGUACCGAGCAGCGUACUAUCUUCGCAAGGCCGAAAAUGCGGGUGUAAAAACACUGGGCAAUUCUUGGAUUUGGAAGGAUAAAUACAAUCCUAAGAAGUAA